AGCUGCAACUGUUACAAAACACAAAUCCAACUUCUCUCUGCUCCGGCUUCAAAACCAGCCUCGCCCGCACUCACUGCUCGCCGCAAUUCUGAGAUGUUUGCUAUCUCCAAAGAUUGAGCCUUCGAUCACAAAACCGUUCUCACGCGUGGCUUGUUGCUCUUCUUUCGUUCCUGCUAUUUGAACCUUUCGAAAAGAUGGGCGCCAUUCCGGUAGCAAAUUCGAAGAUCCGUCGCCGUCUCAUGGAGCCCGAAUACCCGUCCUUGUCAUCGCCGUCGUCGUCAAAGCUCGGUUUCGAGACUGUCCAUCUUCGGAAUAGAGGCGGCUCUUGGGGGUUACGCACGAAUCAUGGCCAUCGGCUUAGCCUUUUGGCGCCAAUUAAGGCGGCAGAGUAUAAAGGAAUCGCUUGCGCCGAUGAUCGAGGAGGCAAUACAGUUGGAAACUCGACGAACAUCACGUGGCACGACUGUCCGGUCGACAAACUUGCAAGGCAAGAACUACUCCAGCAGAAAGGUUGCGUGAUAUGGAUCACCGGGCUCAGCGGUUCAGGAAAGAGCACCUUGGCAUGCGCCUUAAGUCGUGGCCUGCAUUCGAGAGGAAAGCUGACCUACAUCCUUGACGGCGACAAUGUGCGACAUGGCCUAAAUAGCGACCUUAGUUUUACUGCGAAAGAUCGAGAAGAGAAUAUCCGGAGGAUAGGGGAGGUGGCUAAGCUCUUCGCAGAUGCCCGGAUCAUAUGCGUAGCCUGUUUAAUCUCUCCUUACAGAAAGGACCGUGCCACGUGCCGUGCGCUUUUGCCUAAAGGAGGAUUCAUCGAGGUGUUUAUGGAUGUUCCGCUCCAAAUUUGUGAGGCAAGAGACCCUAAGGGCCUUUACAAACUAGCAAGAGCUGGAAAGAUCAAAGGUUUUACGGGCAUAGAUGAUCCUUACGAACCCCCGCUGGAUUGCGAGAUAGUGCUCCAACAGAAGGGAUUGGACUGCAGCUCUCCUCAUGACUUGGCUGAGAAAGUCAUUCUGUACUUGGAAGAGAAAGGGUACCUAGAGGCCUGAAGCUCUAACCAAUAAUACAUACAUUGCAAAGGCAAAACAAAUCACUUCCCAUUUAAGACAAAAAGAAAUGAAAAGGGCACCAUUUCUGGGUUAGUGCCCCUGAUUAUGUAUAAACAAAAUGUAAGACAUAAUUGUAAUAAGUUUCGAUCAAAUGAGCAACAAAGUUAUUCGUUUUGAGUAUGACAUAGUUUACAGUAGUCGGAUGCAUCACAUCCAUGUCAGUCAUUUAAAAGAUGUGCGGUCUGCUAAUUGGAAAAUACUCCUUAUAGCUUGGAAGAAAAUCAGUUCCUUCAAUUUCUGUUUCACUCGAGUGUUUUCAAUCAACAUUUGUAUUUGCCCAUGAUCGGACAAACCACUCAUUCAUUUUCAUGGUUUAGCUUUUUUGAUGCCUUGGGUCUAACAUGGUUAUGGAAUGAGCCAUGAAUUGAAGCUGCAAAGAUUCGAAAGAUGACAUUUAUUUGAAACAUAAAUGGAAAUGUGAGCUUCAAGACAAGCAAAUGUUCAGACAGCAGAUGGCGCCGAUAAUCACCAGAACCAAACAUGAAGGGAAAGGAAAAAUAAACUGGAAUGUGCAAAA